GCACCACGUGAGAGCUAUUUGAAUCCGCCGACGUAAUCCAUCCCACGUGAGUCGACUAUGGCGGCCCGCGCCUAAGCUUGAAGGUUUGAGUAAGUGCUCAAGCUUCCUCUGUAAAAGAAAACAAAAACACCAAGCUACUGUUCAUAUGUGGUAUUGAAGAAGAGGAAGAGGGGAAAGACAAUAGUCCCGGUGCAUGUUGGUGUCUUCUUCCACCUACAACUCUAUAACGCCUCAUCCAUAUUCUCAGCACCAUCAUCAUCUUCAUCGCCUCCAUUCGUCUCAUCUUACGCUCUACCCAGCGCCAGACGAGUCGUAAAGAAAAUAGAAAAGAGGCAAAAAAUGGCGACCGCCUGGCUGGCCCGAAUGCGGCGCCUCAACGUCCAUAACUUUACCACCUUUCGAGAUUCGCCCCUGGCCGAGAUAUCCGGCUCUUUGGGCGAUUUGGGCACGCUGCUUCCCCUGAUGAUCGCCCUCGCCGCCAAGGGGUACAUCGACCUAGGCUCGACGCUUGUCUUCUCCGGCGUCUUCAAUGUGCUCACCGGAGUUAUCUUUGGCAUACCGUUGCCGGUACAGCCUAUGAAGGCCAUCGCCGCUGCUGCCAUCUCGGCGCGGGAAGACCCCUCCAUGGGCGUCGUCGUCGCCGCGGGACAAUGGGUCGGAGCAGCAGUCUUCAUCAUGAGCGCCACGGGCCUCCUUCGAGCAGCUGUGUCGUUCGUCCCCAUCCCCGUCGUCAAAGGCAUCCAGCUCGGCGCGGGCCUCUCCCUCAUCAUCGGCGCUGGCUCGUCCCUCCUGCAGCCCCUUCACUGGCUCCAUCCCGUGCUGGACAACCGCCUCUGGGCCCUGGCAGCGUUCCUCGUUCUCAUAUUUACGCAGAACAUGCCGCGGUUCCCCUAUGCGCUGGGAUUCUUCGUCCUGGCGCUGGUCCUGGCGCUGGUGCAGGUGCUGGGCUCCGACCAGAGCAGCUUGCCUUGGUUCCAGGUGUGGCGGCCGCACUUUGUGCUUCCGUCUUGGAUUGGCGUGGGGGAUGCUCCGGCCUUGUGGAUGGCUGUUGGGCAGCUUCCCCUGACGACUCUAAACUCCAUCAUCGCGGUGAGUGCGUUGGCUAGUGACUUGCUGCCGGACAUUCCCACUCCGUCCGUCACAUCUAUAGGUUUCAGCGUGGCGCUCAUGAACCUCUCGGGAACGUGGUUUGGAGCCAUGCCAGUCUGCCACGGAGCUGGAGGGCUGGCAGCGCAGUAUCGCUUCGGUGCGCGCAGCGGAGCGAGUGUAAUCAUCUUGGGACUCUUCAAAGUCGUUCUGGGACUGUUAUUCGGUCAGACGCUCGUCAGCCUAUUAACGCAAAUCCCACACGGCCUACUCGGCGUCAUGGUCGUAGCCGCCGGCUUGGAGCUGGCCAAGGUUGGACAUACGCUGAACCAAGGCGCUCCUGAUCUCUGGCACAAAUCUGCUAGUCAGGGCGGCCUUGAUAGUCCGAGGCGACAACGACAUCUAUCAGAUGAAGAACGCUUAGAAAGAUGGACAGUCAUGUUGGUCACGACGGCGGGUAUCCUGGCCUUCAAGAAUGAUGCAGUUGGGUUCCUCGCCGGCAUGUUUUGCCAUCUCUCGUAUAGGCUCUCAGAACGUUUUAUGAGCUGGAAAAACAGUCAUUCCAUCAUCUCAAGUGAGCGGGCACCAUUGCUACGGUGAUGAUUUUUAUAGUAUAAGCGAGAGUGGUACAAAAUUGCCUAAAUUAAAGUAUGUAAAGGUUAAUGAUUAAUGUCUAUCCUAUCCUAUCCUUAUCCAAAACCAAAAG